GGUCCUAAGUUAAUUUAAACAAAAUUCAAAGCAAAAUUGUAUUACAUUUUGUUGUUUAAAUCUACACAAAUUCAAAGCCAAGACCCAAAUCAUGCUUCUAAAUACAAUCUGCAAGUAAUUUUUCUUUCAAGAUAUUCAGUAAGCACAUCCUUGCAGGUGUUAAUCAUGCUUCUAAAUCGUAUUAUUCUCGUGCCACUAGAAAUCUAAAGGUGAAAUCAUCACCCAAUUGGGUCUCUCAAGUUGAACAUUCCAAUUUAGUAUUUCCUUGGAUCAUGUUCCCAUUGAAGUGCUCUGCUUUAGCUUGUCUUGCUUUCCUAUCUCUCUUUACAUUCAAUUUCCAAUGAAUAUUCCUACUAAAUCUGCAAAACAAAUAUACUCUUAUUCUCUAGUGGAAACUUGAACUAAAUUCCUUGCUCUCUAAAAUCAUUUUUAUACAAGUAGAAUAUUUUGCCUUAUCUAAAUUAGCUAUGUUCCUAGACCCUAAGCAUCAAUAUUAACAUCGGCUAAGGAGCACGAUAUACAGAAUCUCAUGCACCGCCCUCACCCCGACUCCACACACACCAAAAACUAUCCUCCAAAAAAUAAAAAUUAAAAAAUAAAUCUUCCAAUCCUCUCUCAUUCUCUCUUCCCAAACUCAAGAUCUACGCGAAGGUCUGCUCAAUCAUUGAGCCAUUAUAAAUAGACAUCACUAACAAGAAUUUAGAGAGAGAUGCGUGCUUUAUAAAAUGGGGAACAAGUGGAAAGCAAAGAGAGCAUAAUAAAAAGAAAGAAGAAUAUAUAAUGGAAUAAUGGUGGAUCCAUGAGUGUCACCAUCCUCUAGUAAUUCUGUACGGGUGCGUCAUUUUUUCUUUGAACAUGAGUAAGGUUUCUAUCGUCCUGAGGUAUGAAAACGAAAAAAAAAAAUCUUUUUAAGGGUCAUAUUUCUAAAGCUUUGGGGUACAAUGGCAAUCACUAGCAUAAGAGCAUUGCUGGACACAUUGUUUUUCUAGUAAACACACACACAAAGACUCCAGGGGCAUAACUAUGUGAUCUCUCCUAAAUGGCUCUGAAAUUUAUUUUUGUCAUUUGGAGGCAUACAAAAAUGCCAACGAACAUGUUAAGGCACAAGCUAUUGACAUUAUUUGAUGUUUUUUUUUCUUACCGAUAUCAUUAAGCACACUCCAUCAUGACGGAGCAAGAUAAAUAUUACAAAUCAAGCAUAUAAAUUUAAAAGCCAUGCAAGAACUGAAAUUCUAUGUUUUAGGAAAACACAAACUCAUUUGAAUGAAAACGUUUGCAUGGUUUAGUUUGUGUUUUCCAGCACUAGUUUUUUUAGCCCUUUCCCUUGGGCUAUGUUUGGAACCCGGAAGAUAUUAGAGAAAGGGAAAAAAAAUAUCAAGAAAGUCACACUUUCAUAUUUAGUUAUCAAGGAAAAUGAGAAAGAAAAUAAAAAAUAUACUACAACAAUAAACAAAAUUUUAAUUGAUAUUCAAUUUUUAGUGAUAAUAAAAUAAAUUUUUAUUUUUGAUAAUAUUUAAUAUAGAAGAAAAAUAAAUGUUCUCCUUAUUUUCCUUUCCCCAAAUAAAAUCCUUAAUCCAAACAGACCCUUUAAGGUCUUUUGGCAAGGACUACAUAUUUUUUUAAUUUGCUGAACAUUUUUGUCAGUGUUUUAUUGAAGAUUUUUUUUUUUUUUUUUUUUAUUCUCUCAUUGAUAUUGUAUAUUUUACAAAAUUUUCCCAAUUUCUUUCUUUUUCUUCAUGGUGUUUUAUUGCCGACCUGUACUCUGCAUGUCUUGUGAUCUAUAACAAGUGACUCAAAUUUUACUAAAAACUUUGGAAAUGACAACAAAAAGAAAAGGUUCUUUUACGACUCAACUUCAAACAUCAAUUAGCCAUGCAUACAUUGUAAUGACCUUUUUCCAAGUAAUAAAUUUAAUUUAUUCCAUAUCUACCAAACAUAUGAGAGGCGAGGCCAGGAGAACCAGAACAUUAUUGUGUACUCAUCUCUUCAAAUCGGAUCAACCUUUUGCAUCUUACCCCUUAAACUAUUCAUUUUAAGGAACCAUUCCUUGGUUUCUGGGAAUAAAGCUGGGUAUUUCAUUCUGACUUGAAAAAUAUUUAAAAUAUAAAAGAUACUCAAAAAUAAUUCAUAAAUUAACAACAUAAAUUAAUAUAUAUAUAUAUGAUUUUCCCAUUUUGCUACCAAAAAAAACUUCAAAUAAAUAAAUAAAGCACACAGCAAUCAGUAAUGACUCAGUAAAUUAGUUCUAGAAGAGGACAAAGGCCUCAAGUGUCCACAGGGCCACAACUUUUUCCCUUCCCAACCUAACUUGUUUUUUCCCAUGUCAUGUUCCGCACCUUAAUCUUAAGAUACUAUAAAAAUAUUAUGCGGGAGAUUUCAUGAUUUGUCUUUGCAUUCUCAUCACGCACUUAAAUGCACCACUUCUGUCUCUCCUUCCUUCAUUGGCCGUUACAAAAAGCCAUCAUUUCAGCCUUCAGAAACCAACACUUCACGAAACCCUUGCACCCAAAGCAUGAUUAAUCUUUAUCUGCAGUGCUCAAUAUAUGUUAUCUCAGUAAAGAAAAUAUACAUUUUGAAAGAAGAGAACCAGUAAUCCAUUUUGCUGAGAAACAAUGUCUGCAGCAUCGAGUCCGAAAGAAAAUUCAAGAGAGGAAGUCCCCCACUCAGCUUCAGAUCCACCUCUCACUCAGAAAUGGCCAGCCAGCUUCAUGCAGAUGACCCUCUUGGAGCUCAAGAAGCAGAAGGGAAUAGCCUUCCCAUUGAUGGUGAUGAAUUUAAUGUGGUUUGCCAAGAUAGCCAUCACAACAGCGUUCCUAGGCAGGCUUGGAGAGCUCCCACUGGCCGGUGGCACUCUUGGUUUCACCUUUGCUAAUGUCACUGGUUUCUCCGUCUUGAAUGGGCUCUGUUGUGCCAUGGAACCCAUAUGUGGUCAAGCCUAUGGAGCUAAAAAUUUUAGGCUGCUUCACAAGACCCUUCUCAUGACAAUCUUCUUACUACUCCUAACCGCAGUCCCCAUUUCUAUAUUGUGGCUCUGUGUUGGCAAGAUACUCAUCCACUUCGGCCAGCAAGAAGACAUAUCAAUCACUGCAAAGAACUAUCUUCUCUCUCUCCUCCCUGAUUUAAUAGUCACUUCAUUUCUCUGUCCUCUCAAAGCCUACUUGAGCUCGCAAAGGAUAACAGUUCCGAUAAUGUUCAGCUCAGCUCUGGCACUGGCAUUUCACAUCCCUAUCAACAUCCUACUUUCGAGAGCUAAGGGUCUCGAGGGAGUUUCCAUGGCGAUCUGGAUAACAGAUCUUCUUGUUGUCAUUCUACUCCUUGUGUACGUGCUGGUGAUGGAAAAUGGGAAGGAAGGGAGGUGGGCAGAAGGAGGGUGGUGGGAUCUAAGGGCUUGUGACUGGAUCGGAUUGCUCAAACUCUCUGGACCAUGUUGCCUGACCACCUGCCUCGAAUGGUGGUGCUAUGAGAUCCUAGUCCUCUUAACAGGGCGUCUAGCGAAUGCUAAACAAGCAGUGGGAAUAUUUGCCAUAGUCAUAAACUUUGAUUAUCUACUCUAUUCUAUAAUGUUAUCUCUGGCCACAUGCGCAUCCACUCGUGUAUCAAACGAGCUGGGUGCGAACCAAGCCGGCCCAGCUUGUCAGUCGGCAUGUGUUUCUUUGGCAGCAAGCAUCCUCUUGGGUUUCAUUGGCGGAGCAACAACAGUAGCAGCCAGAGGCAAUUGGGGAGCCUUAUUCAGCCAUGAUGAAGGCAUUAUAAGAGGAGUGAAGAAGAUGAUGCUGCUAAUGGCUUUGGUGGAAAUUGUGAACUUCCCAUUAGUUGUUUGUGGGGGCAUAGUUCGAGGCACAGCCAAGCCCUUGUUGGCUAUGUACGCCAGUCUCGGGGGGUUCUAUCUGCUGGCCUUGCCCUUGGGUGUGGUUCUAGCUUUCAAAAUCGGGCUUGGACUUGGGGGACUGUUGGUAGGGUUCCUGGCUGGGACAGUUGCAUGCUUAACUUUGUUGUUAGUGUUUGUUAUGAGGAUUGAUUGGGUUGAAGAAGCUGGCAAAGCACAAAUACUUGCCUGUAGUGUACAGGAAAUUGGGAUGUAAGAUGAAAAACACAAAAUUUCAGAGAGUAGAAGAUGCCCAGGUAUGAUAAUCACCCGAAGUCAUCUGUUUACGUGGGGAAGCUAGAAUACUUGAAUGUAAAUCACAAACUAAGGAAACCCAUUCUGUCUUACACAGUUACAGACAUCUCUCUUGCUAGCAGAAAUGAUUGCUGAGACUAGAAAUCCAGGAAAAUGGUGUUCAUAGAAGUAACCCCACUAAGAAAACACAAUAAUAGAGCUACAUUUCUGUAUCAACUUGCACAUUCAAUGAUAAUAAGGGCUACGGCACAAGCCAUAUAUUUUUAA